AUGUCUCUCGUUUGGCUGAUGCUGUUGUUCUCAGCUCCUCUGUCUGAAUGUGUGCCGGAGAAGCCCAAGAGGUCGGCUCUCAACCAGCUGACCAGGAGCCUCCUGAGGAAGUACGACUGCGGCGUUCGGCCCGUUCACAACUGGACCAGUGCGACCACGGUCUCCAUAGACCUCAUACUGCAGUCUGUCCUCGACGUGGAUGGAAAUACACAGAGCAUCACUAUAAGUAUUUGGUACAGACAGGUCUGGACUGAUGAAUUUCUGGUUUGGGAUCCGGAGGAGUUCGACGGCAUCAACGAGAUCUCACUGUCGUCUGAUGCUAUCUGGAUACCUGACGUUAUCGUCAGUGAAUUCGUGGACGCAGGCAAGUCGCCGCCGAUCCCCUACGUCUACGUCAACUCCUCCGGCUCGGUGAAGAACAACCGGCCCAUGCAGGUGGUGCUGGCCUGCAGCCUCGAGAUGUACGCCUUUCCGUUCGACAAGCAGAACUGCAGCCUGACCUUCCGCAGUUGGCUUCACUCAGUGAAGGAGAUAGACCUGACUCUGUGGAGGAGCGCAGAGGCCAUCGCCAAUGAUCAGGGGGAGUUCAUGAACGACGGGGAAUGGGAACUGCUGUCCAUUCCCUCGCGCUACUGGCAAAUCCACCAGGACGACACGGACUACGCACACAUCCAGUUCAAUGUUUUGAUCCGCCGGCGCCCCCUGCUGUACGUGGUGGGCCUCCUCAUCCCCAGCAUCUUCCUCAUGCUGGUGGACGUCGUCAGCUUUUACCUGCCCCUGAACAGCGGCGUGCGCAUCGCCUUCAAGACCAGCAUCCUGCUGGGCUACACCGUCUUCAGGGUCAACCUGACGGACGAGCUGCCCUCGUCGGCUCUCACAACUCCUCUUAUAGGCGUGUUCUUCGUGGUGUGCAUGGCCAUGCUGAUGCUCAGCCUGAUCAAGUCCAUCCUGGUGGUGAAGCUGCUCCACCACAGUGAGAAGGAGGUGCGGCAGAUGUCGGUGUCCGCCUGCCUGCUGGACAAGUACGGCUCGAGCGGGCGCUGCGGCCUCAACAACGAGAGCGCCCUGACCUCCACCAAAACCCUCGACCGCAUCAACGCGUCCGGAGAUUAUGAGCUGGAGCCCUCUUUGGAUGGAGACCUGCUGUCCCUGACUGAGAUCCAGGAUGCCCCCUCCGGCCCGGACUGGCUCCUCCAGGAGCUGGUCUCCCUCCGCCUGGCCUUGUCCGAGGAGGACAGCGAGUCCUCCGCGCAGGCCGACUGGCUGGCCCUCUGCUCCAAACUCGACCUCCUGCUGUUCCGCCUCUACCUGUUGGUUCUGACCGUGUACGCCGCUACUCUGCUGCUGCUCUGGACCAGCUGGAGCUUCGCCUGAAAACCCGUCCUCAGAGACAGGACGGCACUUCCCUGCCUCAUGGCGUUGACCACAUCCACAGCAGUUCUCGCCUGCAGAACUUUCAAGGCCUUAACGUGUUACGAUGCAAUGGGUGGAACUUGGAAAAUACACUGCAGUAUUUAAAGGUGCAUCUGAAACAUACUUCAAAAGGUGGAAGAAGAAAGAAAGAAUUGAAGAGAAUAAACCUGUAUGUUGUACAUCGACGUCGUUCACCACAUGAUUAGUUGAACUCUGGUUUCUUGCUUUCUGGUUCUUUUCUUCACAACUUUUCGUCAUCAUAACUUAGUAUGGUAAUCGUUCUGGUGAUGAGGUCACGUCGCCACAUCACGUCCAACGGGGCGAAAAGACACGAGCGGUGAAACGAUCACACCCGGCUGUAAACUAACCAGCAGUUUAUCCAGAUUGUAUGAAAAUAAAGUGAAUAUAAGUAGCUGAAACGUUGGUUAUGAUUCCCAAUUUUUGAUUGGCUGCUGCAGGAGUUUGAAAGAGGAGAAGGUCCGAACACCUAAAAGCUCCCGUUUAUGGAUUUCAUUUGCCGAAUAGCGACAAGGCUUUUCAUCAGACUCAGCCUGAGAGAUAAAUUCCCUUAACGUGAGCUUUUAAAGUUUGCAGAUCUUUUUUUCUUUCUUCCUCUGAUUCAGGCACAGUUCAGAUUCGAGGUGAGAUUUUAUUUGAGUCGAUACAGGCGAUUGCUAAAAGUCGACGCCGUCUGAAACUUAAAUAUUCUGUUUGCAUUUCUCUCUCCAGACACCGCCACUGUACAGAAACAUUACGGCUUCACGGGGACAUUAUUAUAUUAUGUGUGUGUUAUCAAGUUUUGCCCGACAGUGGAGAUUUACUCGGAGAUGCUGCAUAAUACGCCGGCUCCCUGGAGAGAAUCCUCAGCGCCAGUGUGAUGAGAUAAUAUUGUAUUCAUACUUUAAUCUCCAUCCCGCUGCCACGAAACAGAUCAAUACAGCCCAUUCGGGGCUCGGCUGCUGUGUCUCCGCUCCCUGCUGGUUCCCCCUAACACUCGUGAUAUGAAUAUCAAAAGUCAUCACAGAAAACUUACCGGCGGAAAGAUCCACACUAAUGCAAUUUUCACAGAAAUUGCAAGCCACUUAGUCAGUGUCAUGUUACGAGACGUUGGAAAAGGUGCCAGCUCAGAGACGUUAUGUCGUCCACACUCCAUCCGCACCAGUGUAGACUUUUGUGAUUCCCCAAUUUGUUGUUCGA